AUGUUGCUGAGGAAUCGAGGGAGGGAGCGGGUCCGCCUCUACUAUCGCUUGCUUGAUCCAAAGGUCCUGCAAUUCGUUGUUUAUCAGGGCGGUGUUCAGGUAACUGUAUGUAAGCACUGUGAAAAGAUGUCAGUGAUUGGUGACCAAGGUAAUUUGGAGGGGAAGCAUCUUUACCAGUUCACCGGCUGUAUGUCUGCUGCAGAACUGCGGCAGAGGCAAGAGAUGAUGAUGAGAAAUCAAAUAAUGCCUGUCAACCCACAGGUAGUGAUGCCAGCUCAGCAGAGGAUGCCAUUGUUGCCAACACAGUUUGAGCCACGGUUGUUGGAAAGAGGUGAACUGUUACCAUCAUCUGAUUUGAUCAUUCCCAAUGACACAAGACAACUACACAUGGGAACUCAGUUUGGUUCAUCUGUCCCCAGCCAUUCAAGCAUCAUGUCCAACAGAACUUUCUCAGGCCCAGGAUAUAGCAACUUUCUGCACUCAGAGCCACUAGAUUUUGUGGCCAGGAGACAGGAACUGCUUCAGAAACAAAAUAUGACAAGGAUGGACGUGGAAAUGAAUGCUAUGUAUCACCAGAGAGAGUUGGACAAGGCACAUAGAAAAGGCUUUGUAGAUAUGGACUCACCAUUUUUAUACCAUGGAAUGCCACCAAACCCAGUGGCUUUUAGAGGUAGGCAGAUUUGUCCAGAAGGCCAGCUGCCAUCUGAUCUGUUUGUUCAUCGUAACGCCCUAGAGAUACUUCAUGGCAGUGCUCUUUUGAAGGCUGGCAGUCCUUAUGCUCCCAUAAGUAGUCUGCAAAGAGAAAGAGCUCGAAGACCAGGCCGAAGAGCUAGCAAUCAAAAAGUUGCAGAAAGUUCCAUAGGUGUAUCCAAAAUCCAGCUAGAUAAUAAACCCCAUUCCUCUCCAAAUACUGCUGAAGAGGAGAAGGAGGAGAAAAAAGAAGAGGACUCAGAGACAUUCAACAAAUGUGACCAAGGAAAAGCACACACAGACCCUGCAAUAGAUAAAAGCGCUAUAGAAAUCUCAGAUAGCCAGGAGAAGACAUGCAAUCGCACUUCUUUAGAAACAAGCAGAGGAAGAAAUUGUGCAGACAAGGAGCUUGCCAAUUCUGGAACAGCAUUUGAGGACAGAUUUAUUUACCAAUCUCCUGUUCCCAUAUCAGCAAGUCCAUAUGGUUUUCAAGUCACCAUGAACCCUUCGCUCAUUCCAGGAGCACACAGCCUCUUCCUGAACAGAGAAGAUAUUCCAACUAUUCAAGAUAUUUGUAAAUGGACUUCUCAAGAUGUCUAUAAUUUUAUCUGUAGCUUACCUGGCUGUUCUGCCUAUGCCCAGGUUUUCAAAGAUCACGACAUCGAUGGCGUAACCUUGCCACUUCUUACUGAGGACCAUCUCUUGGAUACAAUGGGGCUGAAACUUGGACCUGCACUAAAAAUUCGCUCUCAGAUCUGCUGUCGCUUGGGAAACAUAUUCCACAUGACAAGCUUAUCAUUACCUGGCCCGGUGUCAUCAUCUGCUCCAGUGCCAUCAGAUCAGCCAUCUGAAGUGAUAUCGCCUAUUGCACACAAUAACAGCAAUAACACUGUGCCAAGUCCAUGUGCUCCUGAUCCUGAUCCUUUGAAAUCUACAGAUGUAUCAGCACCUGAAAACAAAGACAGCCCAUGUGAUGUUCCUUUAGCACAAAUUGAUUUUCAAAUGAAUGUACUAAAAAACUGAUGAAGAGUAUGAAUCAUGCGUAAUAUUGCUAUGGAAGCAUUGGUACAAAAGAAAAUGAGUUACAAGUCACCUAUGUAAUGAUAACUUUAACCAGAAACAGCACAGGAACCUCCUCAGAUAUUCUUAUUUAUAUACUGUAAGCAUAAUCUAUUAUUCAAUGUCCUAUAGUAAAAACAUACCCAGAGUUCUGGAAGAACUAGAUGAAAUUGUAAAUGUAGUGUAUUUUUUUUAUUUAUUUUUUUGCAUUUAUGUUUUUUUCAAAUGUGUGCCUGUUCAUUAAAGUGGUAAGAUUGAACCAUA